AUGGCUCAAGGAAAAAAUUCAUCAGAUAAAUAUUUAAUAAAGUGAAUAUUAUCAUUAUAUAAAUUUUAAAUGCUGGUAGAUUUGAUGGCUUCCUGAGUCAUGAAAAAUUCUAUCAAAGGUGCGCCAAGACUUAUGCAUUUGCAUAGAAUAUCAACACCAAUAUAAUUAUGAUCAAGAUAAUUUUCCCCUAAAGCAAGGAGGCUGCUUGUGUGAAACAGAAAUUUAGCAAUAUCAACAUUAAAAUAUCUGGUAAAUUCUGGUUGAAAAUAAAUUCAAAUUUGUGGGCCACAAUUAAAAUUAAAACUCAAAAAAUGGGUGAAUUUUCAGACCUAAUCUGAGUGACUUUGUAAUCCAUUAAUUAAUUAAAUUAUACUUAUGAUUCAAUAAAAAUAC